AUGUCGUCUACAGCUAGCUCAGCUCUCGGGGAGACCAUCUUGGAUCCUUCGUCCCUCACCGACAGAGAACUCCUCAAAAUGCCGUUGAGGCAUCUCGCGAAGAACAUCAGCUUGACGACGUCGUCACGUAAUACGAUGGCCGUGUACCUCAGAUGGCUUGAGAUCCACCGCCAGGAACCAUCAAAGCUGUCGGAACACUGGUCAAAUACGCUGAUGCACUGGGGUCAGUCACUGCGCUCACGUGGCUUCCGCGAAAACGAGCUAAUCUUAGAGGUUAAUGCCUGGCAAGAGGAGAACGGUCCGUUCCGGUCUAUGGAGAAUCGGUAUCCGCCCACGUCGAAGGAUAUCAUGAACGUUUUUGGGGAUGGAAAUGAACCACUUGUUCCCGUAAGCGAGCGAAAGUACCUUGAGCGAGAACGAGCACGGGAGAGGCCAUGGGAUGAGAGACGGGAGGAGUCAAUUAGGAAAGAGAACAGUUAUCGGCUUUCGAAGGAGGCGAAAGAGGCGAAAGAGGCGCGGUGGUUGUUGAGGGACGUUUCGAGAAAUCCGUAUCAAGAGACUCCACCUAAAAGUUACACCUGCAAUCGAUGUGGAGAGAAAGGACAUCACCUCCAAGUCUGCCCCACAAACAUGGACCCAUCCUAUGACAAACCACCCUCCGACUUAUAUAUCUGCACAUGCUGCCAAGUCAGAGGCGACCACUACCGAUCUCUGUGUCCCAUGAAUACCGACCCAAACUGCAUCUACAAGAAACGGAAAGCUCACGGCAUCCGAACACCCAGAAACGACCGUUCUAGUGAUUAUAACAACCAGGGGUUCGAUAGAAUGAGGGAAUCCAGACGAGAACGCGGCGAUGGCUCCCAGUAUUCGAAUGCUACUACGCCGGAGAGAAUGUCGGGCGCGCGUCGUAGGUUGGAGGAUGUUGACCUGGAGAGGGCAAGGCUUUUUAGCGAAGAGAAGACGGCUGUUGAUGAGAUGGGAUUGAUUCCAAUCCAGGGGUCAAGAGAAGCCAAUGCAAACAUGAAGAGAGAAAGGACCUUAUCUAUGUCUAGCACUGGAAGUACCUCUACUCGCCAGCGAGGACCAAGGAAGCUGCAGAGAACUAGCGGGAAAAAGGAAGCAGGUACAUCCAUGUUUGAUACCGAAGCAGCGAACUGGUCAGUCAAAAGAGAGACUUUCAAUAAUGGCAACUACGCGAAUCACCGCGGAAUCCGGUAUGAGAGUCUAACGACCGAUGACGAGUAUUCAGCCGGGGAGAACAUGGAAUAUACUCCAUCAAAAUCGAAGAACCCCAAAACUACCGUCGAGCUCGGUCGAUUAACUCCCAUAAUUUAUGAUAGUGAUCUGGAAAGCGACACAAAUGAGAUUCAUACAGUCGUCAAGCCUACGAAGCAAUACUCCAAGUUCGUCGAGGAGUUGAUUGCAAAGCACCCUGAAAUGAAGGAAAUCGUCAACGAAUUCAAGAAUCGUCCGACAGCAAUUGAAAUGGCGAAGCAGGACCAGCAGCAAAAAUUCGAGCAAGCAAAGGCCCUGUCUCCGAGCCGUACGCCGAUCGAAGCCAAAUACUUAGGAACAGCCCCCAAAAAAUCCUACUAUCCUGCCUCCCGAAGUCCGUCGCCAGCAUCUGACUAUUUUGAGUCGCCCGAAUUUCCACAGCUAGAUGGGGCUUUCGACGAGAAAACUGUGGCACAUGACGGAGUACUAUGCCGAAGAUACAAGCUUAGCGAUCUAGGAAAAGGGGCGCUCGGGAAAGUCCAAACCAUUACAGCAAACGUUGCCCAAAGCUUCCCAAAUAUUAAGUCCCAGCCAAUUUUCAAUGGAUCUGGGUCAGAGUCAUUUAUAUUUCCAGCCCAGGAGCGUCCUAAUACAGUCUUGGCUGAAAAUCCACCCAGUCCCCGAUUAGUUCCUGCAAUAACAUCUGCGCUCAGAUUCAGCACCGACUUUGAAAGUUUCCAAGACGAUAUCCAGGAAUUUCUGAACUCAGAAACACCUACACAAUCGCCCACGACGCGUGGUACAACACCCAACAUUUCGUCGCCCGAGGAGCAAUUCAGGAACACACCUUUACAAGGUACAUUUAGUUCCACGCCCAAUACCUCGACAGAGACCUUCAACAGUCCAGAGCAAAAAUCUAGCGCGAGUUCUAGAAUCGCGAAAGACAUCUUUGACCGCCGCACAUUUCAGGGCCUUAGUAAGAGAAGAUACGCUUCUGCUACGCUCACCCGAACCACAGACGAAUUUCGUCACACCGUGAGGAAAGCAAUCGCCGAAGGAAACCAGGCGGAAGAACUCAGGGAGUUCUCGCACACGUUUAAGCUCGCCACGACGAUGCCGGCUGAUAUCGCUACUAUCACGAGUCGGAGCAUCAGUAAGAUGGAUAGCGGUGAGGUGAAUGGCAGCAAACAUCACAGUAUUCUAGAGUCUGUGGAACGUGUACGGACACCACAGCCCAAGGAGAAGGCUUUUGUGAAGUUUGGGAGGGACCAGAAGGAAAGAGUAGAUUGCUGCCGCAAGGUGACACAGAAGAAAAUUGUCGAGGGAUUGAAAGAAUUUGGUCGGACUUUUCAUCUGUCGACGCCUCUUCCUGUCGAUGUCGCGGAGAUCUUGAAGAUCGACCUUGAGCAGCAAGCAAGGGAGAGGGCUUUCAGAGAGAAAAUUGAAGAUUCGGAUGAAUUCUCAGAGACUUUGGACUUGCCUGUACCCGAGUAUGUUGCAAUCUCGAAUAUCGGUCAGGCUAAGCUCGAGGGAACCCGCCGGGGAUCUGAAAUGGAAGUAGACUGA